CCGGAAGAUGAUUUUGGACUACAAGAUGACGACAGACAACGGCUCUACCGGAAGUUUCUACGUGUUCAGAUGUAACAGGAAGCGUUUUGUGCAUUUUCGCCACCGAUCAGUCAGAACUUUCAAAAUAGGAGGUUCAGCAGCGCUAUGUUGCCGACUACCUCGCCGCCGAGCCACGGCAACGGUAGCUUGAGCGCCCGCGAUGCAGCCAGACACACGGCGGGCGCUAAGCGAUACAAGUACCUGCGGAGGCUGCUGCGUUUCAAACAGAUGGACUUUGAGUUCGCGGUAUGGCAGAUGCUGUACCUGUUUACUUCUCCUCAGCGGGUGUACCGUAACUUCCACUACAGGAAACAAACCAAGGACCAGUGGGCCCGAGACGAUCCCGCCUUCCUGGUUCUUCUCAGCAUUUGGCUUUGUGUGUCCACGGUGGGCUUCGGCCUGGUGCUAGACAUGGGCUUUGUGGAGACCCUGAAGCUCCUUCUGUGGGUGGUCUUCAUCGACUGCAUCGGGGUGGGCCUGCUCAUUUCCACACUCAUGUGGGUUAUUACUAAUAAGUACCUUCUGAAGCACCCUGGGAAGGACUCUGAUGUGGAGUGGGGAUAUGCAUUCGACGUGCAUCUCAACGCCUUCUACCCCCUGCUCGUCAUCCUACACUUCCUGCAGCUCUUCUUUAUCAACCACAUCGUGGUUAUAAACUCAGAAUGGUUCCUGGGAUACUUUGUAGGGAACAGUAUGUGGCUGAUGGCCAUUGGUUACUACAUCUACAUUACCUUCCUGGGUUAUAACGCCCUGCCCUUCCUGAAGAACACAGUGGUGCUGCUCUACCCCUUUGCUCUGCUGGUCCUGGGCUAUAUCCUGUCUCUGUCUUUGGGAUGGAAUCUCACCCGGGGCCUGUGCUGGUUCUACAAGUACCGCGUCCAGUAGGCAACCCCCCAGCCCACUGUCUCGUCCCAGAUGGGUCGCUGGGGGCUGCAGUGGGAGGUGGGACUCACACGGACUGAAUGUUUUCAUUCUGGAGGCGAAUGGGGGGGGAUAUAUGUUUUGUAAACUUUGUAAAUAGUACGCCGGAUUUAAGAUGCCCAAAUGAUGCAUUGUUUCUAAAGAGGAUAUCUUGGUUCCCUUUCUGUUGAAUAUUGUUUUUUUUCUGUGUUUUUAAAAGAAGAUUUAAGAAAAGAAAUACUCACUCUGUUUGUUGAAGAUGUGAGAGAAGUGUUAUAGUUUGGUGAGUCUUUUGGUGGGACAUUUGGAGUGUACAUUCCUUAGCACUUUCAAUAAAACACGUUUUAUCUUAAUAUGA